AUGAUUUUCCGCUCACGCCUCCCACUGCCCCCUGUUCCCCAAUGUGAUGUAUUCAACUACAUCUUCCACCACAGUCGGCGAAAUUACCCGCGCGAUCGUGUGCUCUAUAGCGUGGAUGGAACCGACGAACAAUUGACUUUGGCAGAACUGGAGGACCAGAGCCGACGUCUGGCCCGCACUCUCCACGCCCAAUAUGAUAUCAAACCACAAGAUGUUAUAGCAAUAUUUGCCCGUGACAAGAUCCAGUAUCCCAUAGCAUACUUCGGGGCUAUGGCUGCGGGCGCCACUAUUGCCCUAAUCCCAGUGCAAGCAACCAGCGCCGUCAGCGAUAUCGCCCGCCAUUUGCAGCAAACAAACGCUAAACUGCUCAUCACUGACAGCGAUAUGCUGUCAGUGGCGGAGGCCGCAUCCCUCCUGCUAAAUAAGCAGACUUUGCAUUUUGUCACUCUUGAUGAUGCUCCCACUAAUGAGUGUCCCUCGAUCGCCGCUCUUCUGAAAAUGACCGCAAACCACUGCCGAGAGCAUGUCUUUCAGCUGGACAGCCCUGAGGCCGUUGAUGCUCAUACGGGCUUUAUCAACCGCACGAGUGGAUCAACUGGUAACAUGAAAUGCGUCCUAGUCAGCCACGCACACUUCAUCGCCACCAUGGAAGGCACACGUGCCACCAUUCCCUCAAAUACAUCCCCAGACACAGACACCUGGCUCUCCCAACUAUCUCUGGGCUUUUUCAUCAACGCGAAGCUCAACAUGGGACUUAAUAUCCUGCUGGGAAUCCGAGUGAUCUUGGUCCCCUCCAAGCCAGACCUCGACGCGAUAUCAACAAUUGAUCUAAUCGCCCGCCACCGCAUCACCUUCCUCUUCGUCACGCCCCCAUUGGCAGCCCAGCUGGCCCGAACUGAUCCAUCACCAGCACAGACAGAGUCAAUCAAGUGGCUUCUUUCAGCUGGUGCACCAAUCCACGAGAAUAUGAGGGCGGCAGUAUCGCGUCGCUUCCACGACAUCCCUCUAAGUCUGGAACUCGGCACUGCAGAGACGAUGCUUGUAUCUAUGCAGUUUGACGAGGAUUCAUGCGCACCCGGCUCCACUGGGACCCUGGUGAGUGGAAACGAGGCCAAAGUCCUCGACUCGAUAACUGGUUUAGAGCAGAGUGGCUCGGGGCCCGAGUACUCGGGUGAAAUUCUCGUCCGUAACUCUGUUGCGCGUUAUCGCGGGUACCAGAACGAUGCAAAAGCGAAUGAAGCGGCUUUCGAUUCUGAUGGCUGGUUCCACACGGGCGACUUCGGGUACCUUGACGAUAAGGGGAAUGUGUUCAUUGUGGAUCGGAUGAAGGAGCUUAUCAAGGCUGGAGGUGGAUAUGGGGUGCAUGUGUCAGCAGCUGAGCUGGAGGCUGUUUUGUUCACUCAUGAGGCUGUAGAGAGUGUGGUCGUUUUGGGAGUGCGCGCGGAGGGCAAAGCUGGAGAUUUACCGACAGCGUUUGUGGUUCUUAAGGAGAAGUCUUGCGGACAAAGAGAGAUGGGCGAGGCAAAGCAAGGCAUUGUGAAGUUUGCUGAGGAGAGAUUGACAGGGUUGCAGAAGCUGACCGGAGGGGUCUACUGUCUUCCUGAGCUUCCCCGGACGGGGUUCAAGGUCAAUCGAAGAGCUUUGAGGGAGAUGGUCCAAGUUCACACGGCAUGUGCGUGA